CAGCCGCUCCCUCCGACUGCCCCAGUGCCUCCCGGUGAUGCUCCCGGGGAUCCAGGCUGAGUGUUGGGAUCCCCAUCCCAGCCAUGCUCCGGGGGCAGCCCAGUGGCCGUGAUCCCUGCAGCAGGGCAGCGUGAGCCGUGGGAACACGGCAGGGUACAUUGGGGGGUCCAAGACCUAUGAGAGGUGGGAACUGAGCAGGAAGGGUGGGAUGAGCCGUGGGGUGCCAGUGGAAUGCGCUGUGGGGUCCCAGUGGGUAAGCUGUGGUGUCCUAGUGGGAUGAGCCAUGGGGUCUCACUGGGAUGAGCCAUGGGGUCCCACUGGGAUGAGCUGUGGGAUCCCACUGGGAUGAGCUGUGGGGCUGCACUGGAGUGAGCCAUGGUCCCCAUAAGCUGGCCCACGGGGCAGCACGUAGGGUGGGCCCCCGGUGCAGGCGGUGCUGUGGGGCAGGAAGCAGCGUUGUGCGGAAGCCAGCAGCCGUGGGGGAGGCUGUUCACACGCGUCCCUGGUCAGCAGCCCCCAUGGCGGCUCCUGGAACCUUCCUUGUGCCUCUCCUCCUCCUCCUCCUCUGUGGGCCGGGUCCCUACCUUGCUGCUGCCCACAGCCACCCAGGAGUGGAGUGUGUUGUCUUCAAUGAGGAGUACAUGACCUGCAUGUGGGGGAGCAGAGAGAGGCCCACAGUCAACUACUCUCUCUUCUACUGGUACAAGAACACGUCUGGCAAGAAGGUGGAGUGCAAGCAGUACCUGCUGGACCAGGGUGUCAGGGUCGGCUGCCACUUCAAGCAGAACGAGCUCAUCCAGUUCCAGUCUUUCCAUGUUCUCAUCAAUGCCAGUGUUGGUGGCAAGACCCUGGUGAUCCCCAGCGAGCGCAUGUUCCUGCAGGACCUGGUGAAACCAGCGGCGCCUGUCAACCUGACCAUCCACAACAUGAGCAACAAUCAGCUGCAGCUGACCUGGGCCAGCCCGUACCCCAAAGAGAAGUGCCUGGAGCACGCUGUCAAGUACAAGAGCAACAAGGACACCAAGUGGACGGAGCUCUCAGUGAAUGGAGACAUCUUCUCCUUACCCAGCGUGGACUAUAAGAAGUCCUACACCUUGUACGUGCGCAGCAAGAUCAACAAAUACUGUGGCAGCACCGAGCUCUGGAGCGAGUGGAGCGUUCCUGUCGUCUGGGGCAGCAACUCCACCAGCAAGGGCACGGUGGAGGAAUGGCUGCCCUGGUUUGGGAUCCGCACGGUUGUGGUCCCCAUUGCCUCCUGCCUGCUCCUGCUGGUCCUUGUCAUCCUGCUGGUGCGCAUGGAAAGGGUAUGGGUCAUCUUGAUGCCCCGAAUUCCCAACCCCAGCAAGAAUUUUGAUGAGCUGUUCAUCACCCACAACGGCAAUUUCCAGGAAUGGGCUGGAGUCCCCAAAGAUGUCGUGGAGAGCUUCAAGCCCAACUACAGCGAGAACAUCUGCUAUGUGACUGAGCUGCCACCCAAGGACAGCCAUGAGCCCCUGUGGGACAGCAGCAACCAGGCACCACCUCCAAUGCCUGGGCCCCCAGCCGCCCCCAAUGAGCACAGCCCCUACCAGAACAGCUACGGGAGAGUGUGACACACUCCUGCACCCCUGCAUCCCCCAUUCUCCACAGCUUUGCUGCCCUGCUCCCCGCUCCUGCUGUGCCCUACAUCCCUGGUCUUGCUUCUUGCCAAGUCCCCUUCCCUGCUUGGAGGUGCCCACAAGCACUCCCAGGGAUGUGUCCUGGUGAGUGGGCAGCUGAGCAGGCAGGGGCCACUGGCCAACUCAUGGGACACACAGGAUGAGGAGUCCCAGGGGGGCCAAGUCUGGAAAAAUAUGGAAAGAUAGGGAAGAAAGAUUGUAAACAUGCUCAAGUGCCUUGCAGCUGAUGUAGAAAAACACAUAUACCACACUCAUCGUUGUUUAGCUUUGUGUGUUCAGUAAGUAGAACUUCUGUGUUUAGAUAACACAGGCCUGUGAUAGACUUAGUGGCACCUUAUUUAACAUGCUUGAGAUUCCUGGCCUGCUGUGGGAAAGAUCAAAUCACAGUGGUAGACCACAACUGCACAAAUCCUUGAUAAACAGGCAAAAACAGCAGGUUCAGUGAUCCUCUAGGGUGGACCAAGAUCCACAGUGCCUGCAUCCCUGCUUAUGUGCCUCUGCCUGGGUGCUGCUUGGGGGACCUCCAGUUGGUGAAGUAAUGAAA